UUUUUUUGGUUCUUUUUGUGUUUGAGCAAAGAUGAGAAACAUUCCUGCCUUGUCUUUUCUUUGGCUGUACUUUUCUUCUUCUUCUGUCGUGAACAGCUGGCGCCUCCCGCACUCCCCCCCCCCUUCUCUCUCUCUCUCUCUCUCUCUCGUUCUCUUUCUCUCAUCCCUCCUUCGUGGCCGGGAGCGGCGGUCCAGGUCCAGGUCCGGGGCGCCCGCGGGGUCUCGGUUCUCGUCUCGACUGCGUCUCCGGGCCGUUCGGCGGCCAUGACGUCACGCACGCUCAGGAUCCUUCUCCUUCAUCUUCUUCUUCUUCUUCUUCUUCUUCUUGACGGUGUUGGUCACGUCGUUUUCGGGGCUGCUUUUGCUGCGUAAAAGUCGCGUGCGGCGUCGCUGGCGUCGCUGAUCGUCUGGAAGCCAGGUCGCCGGCACGACGCCGCAUCAUGCCCGAGGGUUCGCGUCGCGGGACUUCCAGGUCGUCCGGCGACGCAGGUUGCAAGCGUCCGUCGUCGGGCGAGCGAGGGGCGACGGCGUCCUUCGUCUCGGCGGACGCCGUCCGCUCCGAGCGCGAGCGUCCGGCCUCGCUGUCCCUGUCGCCCUGCGCCUCGUCGGCGUCCCUGCGAGACGCCUCGCGUUCCUCGUCUUCCUCGUCCUCGUCUUCCUCGCUGCCGUACGGCGCCGUGCCCGCCUACGACGUCUCGGCGUCGGCGCCCGGCGGGGACGGCUCCGACAUCAGCCUGGACCUCACGCCGCUGCUCGGGGGAGGAGGCGGCCGGGCGCCCGGGCGGCCUUCCCGGCUGGAGAGGGUCGUCAUGGAGAUCGUGGAGACGGAGCAAGCCUACGUCAGGGACCUCAAGAGCAUCGUGGAGGACUACCUGGGCUGCAUCAUCGACUGCGACGCGCUGCCGCUGAACCCGGAGCAGGUCAGCGGUCUGUUCUGCAACAUCGAGGACAUCUACGAGUUCAACAGCGAACUCCUGGAGGACUUGGAGAGGAGUCAGCACGCCGCCGCCAUCGCCGACUGCUUUGUGGAAAGGAGUGAAGCGUUUGACAUCUACACGCUGUACUGCAUGAACUACCCCAACUCGGUGUCGGUCCUGAGGGAGUGCAUGAAGAACCCGAGCCUGGUCCGCUUCUUCCAGGAGAGGCAGGCCACCCUCAACCACUCGCUACCCCUGGAGACGUACCUCCUCAAACCCGUGCAGCGCAUCCUCAAGUACCACCUCCUGCUCCAGGAACUGGCCAAGCACUCGGACAAGAGCGAGGCGGCCUACGCGGCGGUGGAGGACGCCAUCAUCACCAUGACGGCGGUGGCCUGGUACAUCAACGACAUGAAGCGCAAGCAGGAGCACGCCGUCCGCUUGCAGGAAAUCCAGUCGCUGCUGGUGAACUGGAGCGGUCCCGACCUGAACGGCUUCGGCGAGCUGGUCCUGGAAAGUUCCUUCAAGGUUCACAAGGUGAAGAAGGAACGCGCCUUCUUCCUGUUCGACAAGAUGCUGCUGAUCGCCAAGAAGCGAGCCGAGCGCUUUGUGUACAGCACGCACAUCUUUUGCUGCAAUCUCCUGCUGGCGGACAACCUCAAGGACCCUCUGUGUUUCCGAGUGUCCGACCUGAUGAUCCCCAAGCAGCAGCACGUCGUCCAGAGCAAAAACAUGGAGGAGAAGAAGCUGUGGGUUCACUACCUCAAGAAACUCAUUUGGGAAAACCAUCCGGCAUCUCUUCCGCACAAGGCCAGACAGGUCCUCGGAGACAACUGCUGCCAGUCAGCCCCGCAGUUUGAAGAGGAACACCCGAAGACGUCUUCGUCCGCGUCGCCGCUCCCGGACAACAUUCACGCUCAUCACCGGGGACGACGUCAGUCCGAGCCGCCCGAACUGCUAACGUACACGCCUGAAAAAAGCAGGAAGGGCUUUCCGCUGCUACUGGGGGGAAAUCUGCCGUACAGACGAACCAGGAGACGCUCAGCUCCGGCAAAGGACAUCCGAGCGGCAUUCCAUCCUCACGGUGAGCAAGUUCCUAAUCCCACAAAAGGAAAUUCUGUCUUUGUCGACAGGACUACGUUUUGAAUGUAAUUGCGGCGCGAGUCGUCGCCAUUCAUCCCGCCGACGGUGUAGACUUGUACCUCAUCUCGGAUAAGAAUCUGAGCCCAAACAUUUGUGAAUCACUCGCAUCUGUUCCGCCGGCUGCGUCCGCUGGGGAAAAAAAAAAAAAAAAGAAGCUGACCCAAAGAGACAAACGGACAGAUUAGGAGACGCACGGGGAGCUCAAAGUGGACUUUACGACGCGAUGGCUGACAUUUGGGGAGACAUAAAGCUUUGACUGGGUUGGGGACAUAAAAGUAAACAUUAGACACAACUGGACACGAGCAAGUAAUUGUUCUUGCAGUUGUUUGUGUUGAGGAUUCAGAAUCCUCUUUGUUGCCAAAAACUACCGGGCAGGACCGAGUCCCGCCGCUCACCCGGAAUCUGAACUUUAAGCAAAGAGACAAAGAAGACGGCCGGCGGCGAGCUCUCGUACGCCGAAGGGGGUGCAGGUUUUUAUCCCGAGUUCUGGGCGACUCUGGAGUGGUAUCUUUCCGGGAGAGUUGAGCCUUUGUGGUUUCUGAGAUCCUGCUAACAUUUUUCUCCUCUCUCCCACAACUCUCCAUCUUCUUACCACGUCUCCUUGCAGCCCUGAAGGUGAGGCCACGUGGCACUUUCCAGAUCGCACGUGCGUGCCCGAGUCUGCUGCUGUUGAGAUGAGCGUUUAGUUAAUGUUUCCCAGCAGGCCGACAGCGAGGGCGAGCUGAACAGUUUGAGCUCGGCGGGAAGCAGCGGCACGCUGGCCUCCAUCGCGCAGACGGAAUCGGAGCGGGAACGGACGGAGGAGGAAGAUGAGGAAGAGGAUUUGGCAGCCCUCUGCGUUCCUCCUACUCUCUCCAUCACGGAAGAGAUCCUGGACUUUAUCAACCAGAGCCGAGCAAGGGAGGGGCUGGUUUCCACGAUCCUGGAUCAGCUCAGCGACUCGCAGCAUCCACCUGACGAAAGCAACUUCACCUGCCCGCUGCCCCCAGUCGCCUCCAGCCCGGAGGAGAGGCUGACGCCGGAACCCCAGCAGCAGGAGGAGGUGGAAACUCGCCAGGA